AUGCUUCAGCGCUCGCUCCAAGCAAAGGCCCUCGCCUUUCGUGGUCGCCACGGAGUGCAGAGCGCUCUCAGCUCCUCGGCGGCACCGGGGGAGUACGACUACGUCAUUGUGGGCGGAGGCUCUGCCGGCUGCGUGCUCGCCAACCGCCUGAGCGCCGACCCGAACAACAAGGUGCUGCUGGUGGAGUCCGGUCCUAGCGACGUCGGCAAAUGGGACUCGGCGCGAAUCCACAUGCCCGCGGCGCUGGCUUACAACCUGGCGGACGACCGCUACAACUGGAACUACUACACGGAGCCCCAGAAGAACAUGGAUGGCCGACGUAUCCCGUGGCCCCGCGGACGCGUGCUCGGCGGCUCGUCCUCCAUCAACGCCAUGGUCUACAACCGCGGCCACACCUUCGACUACGACGACUGGGAGAAGGCCGGCGCCAAGGGCUGGAGCUACGCGGACUGCCUGCCGUACUUCAAGAAGUCGACGACCCACGACCUGGGCGAAGACGAAUACCGCGGCGGCAGCGGCCCGAUGCGCAUCACGCGGAAGACGCAGGACAAGGCCCAGCCGCUCUUCCAGGCGUUCAUUGACGCAGGCGUGCAGGCGGGGUACCCGGAGGCUGUGGACAUGAACGGAUACCAGCAGGAAGGUCUGGGCUGGAUGGACAUGACCAUCCACAAGGGCAAGCGCUGGAGUACUGCCGCUGGCUACCUGCGCCCCGUGAUGGAUCGCAAGAACCUGACGGUGAUCACCGACACGCUCGUGAAUAAGGUCGUCUUCGAGGGCAAGAAGGCGGUGGGUAUUGAAGUUGAAGACAAAUCCAAGGCGAUCUCCCAGAUCCGAACGGCGAAGGAGGUCAUUCUCUCCAGCGGCGCCAUCAACACCCCGCAGCUCCUCAUGCUCUCGGGUGUUGGCGAUGCCGAGCACCUGAAAGAGGUGGGGAUCCCUCUCGUUCACCACCUGCCAGCCAUCGGCAAGAACAUGGAGGACCACCUGGGCACGUACCUGCACUUCGCGUGCAAGAAGCCGAUCACGCUCUACAACGCCACUUGGAACUUCCCACACAAGAUGGUGGCCAUUGCUCUCGAGUGGUUGAUGUCGCAGACCGGCCCCGGGUCGUCCUCGCAGAUCGAGGCUGGCGGCUUCAUUCGGACGGCCCCUGGAAAGCGCCACCCGGACCUGCAGUAUCACUUCAUCCCGGGCUCCAUCGACGAGGGCCUUCACGUUCGCGCUGGCCACGUCAUGACCGCCCACUGCUCAACCAUGCGCGCGACCAGCCGAGGCUACCUCAAGCUGCGCAGCAAGAACCCGCGCGAGCACCCCAUCAUCGAGCCCAACUACCUUGACACCCAGGAGGACAUUGUCGACCUCCGCAACGGCGUGAAGCUCACGCGUGAGAUCGUCCAGCAGAAGGCCUUCGAUGAGUUCCGCGGCGAGGCUUUGUCGCCCACGGACGACUCCCAAAGCGACGAGGCCAUCGACGCCUGGGUGCGUCAGAACGCUGGUACGGUCUACCACCCGUCGUGCACGGCUCGCAUGGGCGUGGACGAAAACUCGGCUGUCGACGCCGAGACCCGCGUGCACGGCAUGGAGGGCCUGCGCAUCGUGGACGCUUCGAUCAUGCCCAACAUCGUGAGCGGCAACCUCAACGGACCGGUCAUAAUGAUGGCCGAGAAGGCUGCCGAUAUCAUCCUGUGCAACCCGGCGCUGCCCAAGUCCAACGCACCCGUGUACCAGGCGAAGAACUGGGAGACCAGCCAGCGCUAA